AUGGCAAAUAUUAAGCCAGAAGAUUCAAAUAAUUCCAUCUGGCAAGGCUACAGUCUCCAAGCACCAACAUCGUCAUCUUCUCAUCCUCCAAUUUUCGAGCCCAACUUCACAUCUCCAGUUCACUCGAUUCCGUACCAUGGGAGGCAAAAGAGCAGUUAUCGUUCAUUGGAUAUCCCCUCUAUCCAUACGCGCCCACCACCUGGAGAUGAAGGAAAUGGGGUGAUGACGGCUUCGCCGCCGAGCCUAAAUACCCACCACAGUUACCCCUCGUUAAAAAGGGGAUUCCAGAGUAGCGAAAAUUUACCGUACGGAGAGAAUGUACACAAUUUCAGAGAGGAUAUGCCAGUAGACCAAAAGCCCACCAUGAACCAAGAUCACAGGCUACUAUCUUUUGCUCGUCAGCCGGAAAAACAUACGAUUGUCAAUAGCCAAGGACGAGUGCAACAAAUUGAGCUUGCAGCCCAGAUCCAUGGAAUGUUUUUCCUCUCGGAAUUAGCAACACCGUCCAGCGAUAACGCCCUGGCGCAACCUGAACUAACCUGUUAUCGCCGGAAUCUCUUCCAGAUUUCCGGGAAUGUUACUACGCCACGAGGGCCGAUAUCUUUGAUAUCAGAGCGCGGCGACAGGAUUCCCAUCGUUUCCAUGGAAGUUACCAUCUCGGCGACCGAGUCCGUUGAUGGGCAUGUUGUAAAAUUGAUUGUGAUUCCUUGGAAAACUCCUCCAGCAAAUUCUCCCGAAGUUGGGCCUGGAACAGAACACGAACCAACACCAAUACCUUUGGAGCCAUUAGAAGAUAACCAUGAUGGUAAUGGCGAGUUCACGGUGUAUCCGAUUGCCUAUCGAAGGCUUCAAUUCCGGAUCGCAACGGCAAACAAUGGUCGACGGAGGGAACUCCAGCAGCAUUUCACCCUUCACUUGAAUGUGGUUGGAAUGCUUGCAAAUGGAACCAAGACGAAUUUGUGCGAGACUUCAACGGCUCCCAUUGUGGUAAGAGGGCGAAGUCCUCGGAACUUUCAAGCAAGAAAGGAGAUUCCUUUAGUAGGAUCAUCAUCUUCGCGUGGCCAACCUCCAGAGCUGCACGUUUCAACGACGAACAUGCCUAUCGCUAUUCCUUCCGACGGGAAGGGAAAGCCAGCGAAACCUCAGACUCUUGAGCUUCCGCGAUCACCGUUCACCUUCGAUUCGGGAAACAUUCAGGGCUCUCCGUCUUUGACCCGCCAAUCAACAUACCCAGCAUGGAGCGCAUCGCAUACAUCCGAUCACACCAAUAUUCCCAGCACACCAAGUUAUGGAAACUCCUCAGCUGUCGGUCUUGAGAACUAUCUCCAGGUUAACCAAACCACCACAGAGAUUCCACAUCCAAGCUCCCAUUCGCCGACGGCUACUAUGUCGGCUACCCAACCGCCACCCAUACGACAACAGUAUGCCUACCAUCCUGCGUCAGCUCCAGUGGCUGGUGGGCCACCUAUAAGGUUUAUUGACAGCAAUCCCCGACCCGCGAAGUCUCCUCGACAUGCUGCCCCUCCAGAGCUUCCAUCCAACGCCCCGUAUUCCGAUUACGGAACACGCUUUGCACCAGCUUACAGUGGACCACCAGAGCCGAUGCCUCCAAGGAAUCCCGACUAUUUUCCCAACCCUGUAUCUCUGCCAACCAGUUGGACGACGGCGGCAGAGACGGCGGGUGUAUAUGGGACUUCAAGCCAAACGAGCAAUGGCCAGCAGCACUACGACUUUCCUGGUGAGCCACAGUACGUAAAAAACGAGAACAAUACACAAUCGCACUACACCUGGAACGCAGCGUAA